AUGGGAAAAAACUUUUUAAAAAGCAGUCUUCAAAAUGCAUCUUUUAAUAUAAUUUUUCAGCUCUUAUUUCGUGUUGUUACAUUCCUUCUAAAUGCAUUUGUGCUACGAAACAUUUCUCAAGCAGUUGUGGGUGUUAUGAAUGUACGUCUUUUACUGUUGGAGUCGACAAUUUUAUUUUUGAGCCGAGAAGCAUUCAGAAGAGCGUGUUUAUCCAAGACUACAGAACACAAUUGGCCCCAAGUUGUGAAUCUAAUAUGGUUAACGGUACCUUUAUGUGCUGUUCUAUCCAUUCUCUUUGGCUGGAUAUGGUUGAAUGCUCUUACUACUCCCGAAGAGCACAUAACUACCCAUUAUGCAAUAGGCGUGUGGUCGAUAUGCAUCAGCUGUAUGAUGGAAAUGUGUAUAGAGCCAAUUUAUUUGGUGUCUCAGGCAUUCCUUUUUGUCAAAUUGAAGGUAUUACUUGAGACUUUGCACGUCGUAGUUAGAACUGUUACUUUUACCUCCUUGGUUCUUUGGAAACCGUCAGCAGCUGUGUUAGCUUUCUCCGUAGCUCAAGUUCUGGCAGUCGCUGUUUUCUGUUUGGCUUACAUCAUUUACUUUCACCAUUUCAUCAAAACUAAAAGCCCUUCAGAAGAUUUCCCAUUUUCAUCGUUGAAAGAUUUUCUUCCUAAAAGGAUAGAAAAUGAAGACUUAGUUGACUUAAGGUUAUGUGUACUUACCUGGAGCUUCUUAAAGCAGGGAAUAUUGAAGCAAGUAUUGACGGAAGGGGAACGCUAUAUAAUGACUCUUUUUUCUGUACUUACAUUCUACGAGCAAGGAAUUUAUGAUGUAGUUAACAAUCUUGGAUCUUUGGCUGCAAGGUUCAUUUUUCGUCCUGUUGAAGAAAGUUCUUAUUUUUAUUUCUCUCAACUAGUUCACAGAGAUAAGUCAAUAAAGGAACAAAAUGAGGAACAAAUGAAAGAAGCUGCUACAGUCUUAAAACAGUUGCUAAGGUGCAUGAGCAGUUUAGGAUUGCUCAUAGUCUGCUUCGGUCAGAGCUAUUCAAGACUUUUACUUAUGUUGUACGGUGGCCAAACUUUGGCGGACAAUUUGGGAACUUUAUUACUCCGCACUCAUUGUUUUGCAGUUCUGUUAUUAGGCCUCAAUGGCAUCUCCGAGUGUUAUGCCUUAGCGACAAUGAGUGCUUCCCAGCUAGAUAGGUAUAAUUAUGUAAUGGUCUUCCUUUCUGUUGGAUUUUUAUUCUUUUCUUUGAUAUUUACGUAUGUUUUGGGAAGUGUCGGAUUUAUCAUUGCGAAUUGUGGCAACAUGCUAGCACGUAUAUUUCACAGUUUGAAAUUCAUUAAAAAGCGUUACACUGGUACUCAAUAUGAUCCAGUUAAAGGAAUCGUUCCUGGGAAAUGGUACCUUCUUGCAGUAGCUACUUCUGGGCUUGUCACAAUUAUGUCAGAGAACAUCUAUUAUGAAAAUUCAAAGAUUUAUCAUUUCUUCAUUGGAACAAUUUGCUUUCUCGUAACAGUGGCAGUUUGGAUUUUUGAAGAGAAAUCAUGGGUCUUAUACAGUUACAAGUCAAUUAGAAGACAUUCAUUGAAAUUAGAGUAA